UGCAGCAAUUGAAGAAUAAAACAACCGAAACGUAGGAAAAGCCCGGAGCGCGAGGAUCAUGGAGAAAUACGAGAACAUCGAGGUGGUCGGCGAGGGAAGCUACGGCGUCGUGAUGAAGUGCCGGCACAAGGAAACCGGUCAGAUAGUGGCCAUCAAAAAAUUCCUCGAGUCCGUGGAAAACGUGUCCGUUCGAAAACUCGCGUUUCGAGAAAUUCGCUUGCUUAAGAGGCUAAGGCACGAGAACCUCGUGAGUUUGAUCGAGGUGUUUAGGCGGAAAAAGCGUUUCUACCUCGUGUUCGAGUACCUCGACCACACGAUUCUCGACGAGCUCGAGGACAUUGGUGGCGGUCUUAGGCCCGACACUUCGCGACGAUACAUCUUCCAAGUGCUGCGCGGACUCAACUUUUGCCACAGCCACCAAAUUAUGCACCGCGACGUGAAGCCAGAAAACGUCCUGGUGUCGAGCCGGGGGGUGAUAAAGCUGUGCGACUUUGGGUUUGCUCGCAUAGUUGGCGGGCCCCACGACUCUUGCACCGAUUACGUGGCGACUCGGUGGUACCGGGCGCCGGAGCUCCUCGUCGGUGACUCGCGCUACGGCAAGGCCAUAGACACGUGGGCCGUUGGCUGCCUCCACGCCGAGAUGCUCAGCGGCGAGCCGCUCUUUCCCGGGGACAGCGACAUCGACCAGCUCUUUCGCAUCACGCGUUUGCUUGGUGGCCUGUGCAGCCGGCACCAGGCCCUGAUGAGCCGAAACAACAAUGGCACGAGCGUCAACCGAACCUCAACGUACAGAGCGAGCGCCGACAACACGAGCGCCGGUGGUUUGCGCUCCUUGCGCGCCCUGCUCCCCGGCUCGAGCUCGGCCGGCCUCGACUUUCUCUCGCAGUGCCUGCGCAUGGACCCGGACACGCGGCCCAGCUGCGCCCAACUGCUGCAGCACCCCUUCUUCAUGCAGGACGGCUUCGCGGACAAGUUCCUGGCCGAGCUCAGGGAGCACGUGGCCCGCGAGACCGAGGACAACCCGCUGCUACAGGGCCGCGGCGCUGCUACGUCCACAAGACCAGGCGACGACAGGAGGUUCAGCGUGCUGUCGCUCGACGAGCCCCCGAGGCUGUCCAGCGGUGCUCCCAGGUGGCACGUGAGGCUCGUACGGGAGUCGUCGGUGAACCUGGAUAGGCCAGCCGCCGCGCUCGACCCGCCAGCAGCCGCGUCCCACCGGAGCAAACAGCUCCACCAGCAGCACCAGAGGAUGGCCCAGCACUUGUCGCGGCCGCGGGACCUUUGUUUCGUGGCUCCGUCGCCGGUUAAAGCCUGCACUUACCAGCUCGAGCAACACAAGGGUCUCUUGCCCUCGGCCUUCGAGCCGAAUAGUCAAACUGUGCAGGCUCGCGGGGCUGGGGGAGGAGGAGGCAUCAGGCAUCAGGAGUUGACUCUGCCGGCUUUGGCGCACAAAUUACCUACGGCUCCCAAACGGACCAAGCUCGACUUGUCCUACUCGCACGUCGCGUGAUAUCGGGCUCAUCUGCAGCAGCGCUAAUCUCACGUGUGUGUUUAGGGUACAUGUGUGUCAUACUUAUAUGAUUGCCGCGCGCGCCCUUUGUUCGUUGUUUACAUAUUUUUUACAAAAGUGGGGAUUGAUAUACAAAAAUAAAGUAUAUAUAUAAAUGUACAUGUAAGUACCGUCUGUGGUGAUCGUGCAUAUGAUGGGACACACGUCGUUUUGUGCAAUAAUAUAUUAUGACACGGCAUUUUGUGUGUGUAUUACGAUUACGCGUGAUACGCAGUUGCAGUAAAUUUUAACGAGUACAGGUAUAAAUAUGAGUAAAUGUUGACGAUGAGUUUAAAAACAAAAAAAAACUUUCAUCUGACUUACUAUGUGUGUAUAGACGUAUGAUUUAGCGGUAAGUUAAAAAUGUUGGCGGUGAGAGACUUUAGGGGAAAUUACAAGAAGCGAUGUAAAUUUAAC